GUACAAUAAUUUUAUUAUUUUGCAGUAUAAUUAACAUAAUAUCUCGUUAUAUAAACAAACAGUUAAUAUUUUCGAUACUAAUGUCCGGUUCGGGUAUUAUGGUUAUACUUAUACCCCGAUUGUCCAAAUUGGUUGACUUGAAAAUUAAUUAUAUAAUCUACAUGUUUGUCAGUUUAGGCAACACUUACAGUAUAAACAUAUGGAUAGUAGAGUUAUGGGGCCUGGACUGUGGUCCCUAUGUACAGGUGCUCCGUUUGGUCAACAGUUUGGCCGGUAUUUUUGGUCCACUAUUUGUUGAACCGUAUCUAUCGAAAACCAAUGAUACAUUGACUACCAAUAUUAAUAUCACUAGUAGUAAUAUAAAUGAUGAUGAUAAAAUAACUACCGGUGCUCUAAACGAUACCAGUGCUACUACUACUACUACAACAAAUAGUACCAUGGUAAUGCUAAUUAAAUCGUCAAUUGGUACACCCUAUCUAAUUAUAGGUAUAUUACAUAUUGUGUGCAGUCUAGUUAUGAUGAUAAUAUUUGCCAUUAGACCGUACGUGCCACGUGUUGGUGUUGUUGUUUGCAAAAAUAAUCAUGCUAAUAAUAAUAAUCAUAAUUUAAUUAGCAAGCUAAAAUUACUAUAUAAACAAUUUAUACUGGAUCUGGCACCCGAUAAGCUAACCUGUCUACUAACACUACUGUCAUCGACACUGUUACUAAUAGCUAUAGGUACUAUGUCCUCAAUAAACAUAUAUUAUCCAAAAUUUGUCCAACUAUACAGUGGUCUACCGAUACAAACGGCUGCCUUUAUGACAACUGGCCUCAGCGUAGGCAUAGCUGUUGCACAGUUACUGUGUAUUGUUGUGACCAAAUAUCUUAAGCAACCCAUAGCCAUACUGAUACCGGCAAUGAUCGUAAUGCUUGUGGCAUCGGUAGCUACACUACCAGUGUUUUGUGACUACAACAACACAACCACCACCACCACCACCAGUGAACUGGUGUUGUGGUCGACAACCAUACUGUAUGGUCUCGGGUUUGGUCCAGUAGUCGGCUGUCUAUAUAAUCUAAUUGAACUAUCGGCACCGGUAACCAAUUUGACUGGUGCCCUGGUCACCCUAAUGGCCAAUAUUGGUAAUAUUGUAUGGAUUUCUGUGCUAACUGAUUGGUUGCCUAACUGGCCAAUUAGUUAUGUCUAUUUGAAUAUUUUCUAG